UUGCCGUUUUGUUGUCGUUAGUUAGAGAGAAAGCGUAGGUUUGUUGCAACAGUUGGUGUUGGUAGCAGCCGGUGGGAAUGUCAGCUCCUCUGGCGUUACAUGGACGCAGAAGUCAUGAAGGGUCAAACUUACCGGACAGCGACUCAGAGGAAGAGCCCAAGCUCCCCCUCAAUCAGUUCUAUCCUUACAUCCGCUGUGCCCUUUGCUGCGGCUUCCUCAUCGAUGCCACUACCAUCACAGAGUGCCUGCACACAUUUUGCAAAAGCUGCAUCGUGAAGCACUUUUUCUACAGCAACAGGUGUCCCACUUGCAGCAUUGUAGUCCACCAGACACAACCACUGUACAACAUCAGACCUGACAGACAACUGCAGGAUAUCGUUUACAAAAUGGUUCCUUUCCUGGAAGAGUUGGAAAGAGAACAAAUGUGUAAAUUCUACAAAGAGAGAGGGCUGGAGGUGCCGAAACCAGUGGUGGCCUCCCCUCCGGGUCCAGCUGUGUUAAAGAGACAGAGGAAGGAAAACAUUCCUCAGUCUGUCUUCACCAUUCCUCCUGAGCUGGAUGUGUCUCUGCUGCUGGAGUUUGUGGGGGCUGAAGAGGGCAUCAACAACUAUAAGCCGUUAGAGAGGCGCUACGUUCGUGUGUCGGGUGAGGCCACUGUCCGCCACGUGGAGCUGUUCAUCAGGAGGAAGAUGGAGCUGAGCUCGACCUGCCAGGUGGAUGUGGUUUGUGGAGAUCACCUCCUGGAUCACUACCAGUCCCUCAAAGACAUACAGAACUCAGUGGGUGAAGAGGCGCUACAGGAUGGUCUGCUGGUGCUCCACUUCGGCCUGGUCCUGCCCUCGUAGUCUUGAAACGUGGAUGUUACAAACUCCUGAGGAGAUGGACUGUAUUUUCGGACUUUGUUUCUCUUCAUGGGACUCAUAAUGUGGAGUCAAAUUUUUAACAGGUACUCCACAGCUGUCUCGGCUGUGAUUUUGCUGGAUCUGCUUACAUUUGAUAAAAGUUCAAACUGUUCACACUGUCAACCUCCAGGAUCACCAUUUUUUAUUCAGGACAUCCCAUGUGUCUGCUGUAAUGCUGGACACAGGUGACAUAUAUUUGAGUGAAAAUGACAAACACCCAGUCUUACUGCCAAGAUGUUCCACGUGCUUCCACUGCACACAAGAAUGUGACUGCUGCUGUAGAUAAAACUUAUAAAACGUCUCAAACUUUGUAGCCGUAUGUCUGUGAAGCUGCAUCAGUCUAGUUUACCCAUCUUUAUGGAAACCAGGGACUGAUAUCUUAAUUUGUUUUCUAUUUAUGAUCUCAAGGGCUGGGUGCGAUUUUAGUUUAAACAGCUUCAAACAAAAAUACUACCAAAGGUCUGUGUGUGUGUGUGUGUGUGUGUGUUUUAUGGAGCUUAAGAUUAACACCCUGUUUUUAAGUACAGCUUGCUUCUUCUCUGAUUUACACGUUUAAUUUAAGAGUGUUUGUAAAGACUGUCUGCUGGUGUAAAUUCAUGCGUUUGACUUAAUUAAACCCGCUUUCAGUACAACUCAGAGGAGUAAUUUAACGGGAGUUUUAUGAAUAUGUUUUGAUAGGGUUUGUUAAAAAUACUGUUCUUACUUGCUUUGUCAGAAAGAAUAAAAAAAAUGACUGCA